GCACUGAAAACCUUAACCGAAGCUAAUCAUCAACCUCAAUGUCUCAAUGUCCUCUUGCAUUUUAUCGGCGGCCAGUUGCAAAAUGAUCGCUACAGGGACGAGCGAAUCAUAUCAAGCCAGCAUGAACCCCAGGUACGUGGUGUCAGAUACAUCUGUUAUGUUUAGGGUAGUUAGUGUGCAGUAUUUAACAGGCCAUUCAUAAUUGAAUAGUUCCCUCCAAUUGAUUCAAUCUUUUUGCUCGCUCAUCGGUCAUGUUGCAGCUUCCUGACUUACAAGUGUCUGAAACCACGCAGCCCGCCCUCGCCAGUGCUGCGGCUUGUCUUGCGGUAGUACUCAUUGUUCGGACUUACCUUGCUAAAUCGGAGAGGAACCUUCCUCUACCACCCUCACCUCCCAAUUGGAGACUUCGGGGGCACGAAGUACCUUAUCGCAAGUCAUAUCUCACUGUAGAGAAAUGGAUUGACGAAUACGGGCCCUUGGUCACCAUUCGUCAGGGAUUCGAGAAAAUCGUUAUUAUCGGUCGUCAACAAGCCGUGGUAGAUAUCAUGGAGAAGCAGGGCGCAGCGUCAGCUGAUCGUCCUCCCAUGGUUUCUGCCGGGGAAAUGCUUAGCGGUGGACAGUCCAUCGCCUUUUCACACGCCGGGGACAGAUUGCGUAUGAUGCGCAGAGCACUUCAUUCACAUCUCCAGCCUAGAGCAGCUGAGGCGUAUGAGCCCCUGCAGUUUUCGCACGCACAGCAAGCAGUCGUCGACAUUCUUCGGGACCCACACAACUUCCAGCAACACGCAUUAACAUUCACUGCGUCGACGAUUAUGAAAAUUGCAUAUGGGAAGACCACGCGCACGUUGGCGACUGAUCCCGAAGUCAGAGACGUUCGCCAGCGCUUCACGUCAUUGAGUGCAUCCCUGCGCCCCGGCGCAUACCUGGUGGACUCGAUCCCGUGGCUCAAAUACGUUCCUUUCUAUGGCCGAGCAUUACGAACCGAGUUUGAGAGGGGCAAAAAACUCUACUUCAGUCAGCUGAACCGCGUGAAAGAGCAAUUACAAACGGAUGAGGACAUCGGCCCUUCGUUCGCCAAAUAUAUGCUAGAAAAUGAGAAAUCCUAUGGCUUUAGCGAGACCGAAAUCGCUUUCCUUGCCGGUGGCUUGCUUUUAGCUGGAUCCCAUUCGGCUGCUGUGGCAAUCUGCACGGUCCUUAUGACAGCCGCAAUUUUCCCUGAGGAGCAGGCUAGAGUCCAUGCCGAGCUUGAUGCGGUUAUCGGAAGAAACCGAGUGCCGACUUUCGCUGACGAGAAAUCUCUUCCUCGUAUGUGUGCCUUCAUUGCGGAGUGUUAUAGGUGGAGGCCCACUGCCCCCGAAGGAAUCGCUCACCGAACAACCAAAGACGUGAUUUGGGAAAACUAUUGCAUUCCCGCUGGAACUACUGUGAUCGGUAACCAUUGGGCCAUCUCCCGAGACCCUGACGCCUAUCCGGACCCUCACGCUUUCAAGCCUGAGCGCUGGCUUAACGCGGAUGGUGAAAUGAGGGACGACCUCAAAUUCUAUGUCUUCGGGUUUGGUCGCCGCGUAUGCCCCGGUCAACACCUUGCGCCCAGGGCGGUGUUCAUUCAUUCACUUCUUGCCCUUUGGUCCUUCCAGCUCACUCUGGAUGCUUCGAAGCCGCUGAAUGACAUGGGAUACAUGAGCGGUGUGGUCCCUGAUAUCCAGCCAUGCACUGUUAGCUUCCAGGCUCGGAUUCCAGAACCUGAGCUCAGGCGCUUGAUGCAAAAUGAUGCCUAGGAACUCUAAGAUCGAAUUGGGAGUCGAAUUGUACCACCACCGUUCCGGAAUUUUAUCUUUCUUCUCCAUCACAAGCUAUUCUCUUGUGGUCGACUAUAGAUGUACGCCUAUCUAUUUAUCUUUUCAUUAUUUGUCUUACUUUUAUGGUUUUUCUGUUGGUAAAAUUCAUCUUUCUAUGGUAUAAAAUUACCGUGUUCGCGCAUUCCACUGCGCGUAACGAUAUAUCCUCAGAAAUCAUGUAGAUGCAUGUUUGUUAGGUUCUCGUGGAAUAAAUGAUAUUCGCAUCGAUCGCGGUCU